CUCCUCCAUCCUCCUCCAGCACAUUGUUCUGCCGGCAGCAGCAGCUUCAUCCUGUUACUGCUGGACCAGGACAGCAGACAGGCAGACAGAGGGAGACAGACAGACAGGCAGGCAGAGAGACAGCCAGAGAGAGAGACAAGCACAGACAGAGAGACAGACAGGCUGUAAGUGUCUCUGUGUGAAGCAGCACUGAGCAGAGCGGUGACUGAUGGAUCCACCGGCUGCUACAUGAACAGAGACAAAGACAGGCAGACAGGAGGACAGACGGAAGGACAGACGGGAGGACAGACGGGAGGACAGUCAGACGGGUGGACGAUAUGAGCAGAGGAAUGCAUCUGUGGAGCAGCAGGCAGCUCAGGUAGCCAGCGCUGAGGUGAGGCAGCUUGUGAUUGGUGGUUACCAUGGCGCCCAGGCCGUCCUCAGGGGAAUUAUGGGGUCUCCAUCUGAUGCCUCCUCGGAUCCUGGUGGAUUGCUGCCUCCCCAAUGGGAUGAUGGUGAGUCUGGAGUGUCUCAGGGAAACUCCUCUCAUCAGCAUCAAGCAGCAGCUCUUCACUGAGGCCAGGAAGUAUCCUCUGUACCACCUGCUGCAGGAGGAGUCAUGCUACAUCUUUGUGGGCGUGACCCAGGAGGCAGAGAGGGAGGAGUUCUACGAUGAGACCCGGCGGCUGUGCGACCUGCGACUGUUCCACCCCAUCCUGAAGGUCAUCGAGCCGCUGGGGAACCGGGAGGAGAAGAUCCUGAACCGGGAGAUCGGGUUCGCCAUCGGGAUGCCGGUCUGUGAGUUUGAGAUGAUGAAGGACCCGGAGAUCCAGGACUUCCGGCGCUCCAUACUGAGCGUGUGCAGAGAAGCCAUGGAGGAGAGGGAGGGGGGCGGGGCCCACAGCCAGGCGCUCUACGUUUACCCCCCCAACGUGGAGUCCUGCCCCCAACUGCCCCAGCACAUCUACAGCAAGCUGGACAAAGGGAGGCUGAUUGUGACCAUCUGGGUGAUCGUGUCUCCGUCUAACUCCAAACAGAAAUACACUCUGAAGGUGAGUCACGACAGUUUACCUGAGCAGCUGAUUGCCGAGUCCAUCAGGAAGAAGAGCCGAUCCAUGCACCUUUCACCUCAGCAGCUCCGCCUCUGUGUCCAGGAGUACCAGGGCCAGUACAUCCUCAAGGUGUGUGGCUGUGAUGAAUACCUGUUGGAGAAGUUUCCUCUUAGUCAGUACAAGUACAUCCGGUCCUGUAUCAUCGUGGGACGUCUUCCUCACCUGAUGCUCGUGUCCAAAGACAGUCUCUACUCCCAGCUCCCAGCCUCAGGCUUCGUCACGCCCUCCUACAGCCGCCGGACGCCUCAGCCGUCCCCCUGUCCAGGAGGAGGAGACGGAAGUCCUCCUCGGUCCCUGUGGGCCUUCAACACUCUGCUGAGGGUCCGACUGCUGUGUGCCACCUACGUCAACGUCAACAUCCGGGACAUCGACAAGAUCUAUGUGAGGACGGGGAUCUAUCAUGGAGGAGAACCGCUCUGUGACAAUGUCAACACACAGAGAGUCCCCUGCUCCAAUCCCAGGUGGAAUGAAUGGCUGACCUAUGACAUCUACCUGGCUGACCUCCCUCGCUCAGCCAGACUUUGUCUGUCCAUCUGCUCUGUGAAGGGAAGGAAAGGAGCCAAGGAGGAACAUUGUCCUCUGGCCUGGGGGAACGUCAACCUGUUUGACUAUCAGGACAUCCUGGUGUGUGGUAAGGUUGCUCUCAGUCUGUGGCCCGUCCCUCACGGCCUGGAGGACCUGCUCAACCCCAUUGGAGUCGCAGGUUCAAAUCCCAACAAGGAGACUCCAUGUGUGGAGCUGGAGUUCUCCUGGUUCAACCAGACUGUGGUGUUUCCUGAUGAGCAGCAGAUAGAAGAACAUGCUAACUGGACCAUCAGCAGAGAGCUGGGAUACAACUACUGCCACGGACUGAGCAGUCGUCUGGCCUGUGACAGCAGUGUUUCAGCAGCAGAUGCAGAGCAGCUUCGUUCUCUUUGCUCCAGAGAUCCUCUCUAUGAGCUGUCAGAGCAGGAGAAGGACUUCCUCUGGAGACACAGACAUUACUGUGUGAACAUCCCAGAGUCUCUUCCUAAGCUGCUCCUGUCUGUCAAAUGGAACUCCAGAGACGAAGUGUCCCAGAUGUACUGCUUGCUGAAGGAGUGGCCUCUGAUGGAACCUGAAUCUGCUCUGGAGCUGCUGGACUGUAACUUUCCUGAUCCGAUGGUCAGAGAGUUCGCUCUGCGCUGCCUAGUCCAGGGUCUGACGGACGACAAGCUGUCACAGUACCUGCUGCAGCUGGUUCAGGUGUUAAAGUAUGAGAUGUACCUGGACAAUCCUCUGGCUCGCUUCCUCAUCAAGAAGGCUCUGACCAAUCAGAGGAUCGGACACUUCUUCUUCUGGCAUCUAAAGUCAGAGAUGCACAACAAAACAGUUUCCAGGCGGUUUGGUUUACUGCUGGAAGCUUUCUGCAGAGCCUGUGGCAUGUACCUGAAACACCUGAACAGACAGGUGGAGGCGAUGGAUAAACUGGUGAAUCUGACCGACACACUGAAGCAGGAGAAGAAGGACGAGACCCAGAAGACCCAGAUGAAGUUCCUGGUGGAACACAUGUCUCGUCCAGACUACAUGGAGGCUCUGCAGGGCUUCGUGUCUCCUCUGAACCCAGUCCACCAGCUGGGGAACCUCAGGUUGGAGGAGUGCAGGAUCAUGUCGUCAGCGAAGCGCCCCCUGUGGCUGAACUGGGAAAACCCUGACAUCAUGUCUGAGCUGCUCUUCACCAACAACGAGAUCAUCUUCAAGAACGGAGAUGACCUGCGUCAGGACAUGCUGACGCUGCAGAUCAUUAAGAUCAUGGAGAACAUCUGGCAGAACCAGGGUUUGGACCUGCGCAUGCUGCCGUACGGAUGUCUGUCCAUCGGAGACUGUGUGGGGCUGAUCGAGGUGGUGAAGAACAGCUUCACUAUCAUGCAGAUUCAGUGUAAAGGAGGCCUGAAGGGGGCGCUGCAGUUCAACUCCAACACAUUGCACCACUGGAUCAAAGACAAGAACCGUGGAGAGGCGUAUGACCGAGCCAUAGACCUUUUCACCAGGUCGUGUGCAGGUUACUGUGUCGCCACCUUCAUCCUGGGAAUCGGAGACCGACACAACUCCAACAUUAUGGUGAAGGAGAACGGACAGCUGUUCCACAUCGACUUUGGUCAUUUUCUGGAUCACAAGAAGAAGAAGUUUGGCUAUAAGAGGGAACGCGUCCCCUUCGUCCUCACGCAGGACUUCCUCAUUGUCAUCAGUAAAGGAGUCCAGGAGUCCACCAAGACCAAGGAGUUCGAAAGGUUCCAGGAGAUGUGCUAUAAGGCCUACCUAGCCAUCCGGCAGCAUGCCAGCCUCUUCAUCAACCUGUUCUCCCUCCUGCUGGGAUGUGGGAUGCCGGAACUGCAGAGCUUUGAUGACAUCGCCUACCUGAGGAAGACCCUCGCCCUGGAGAAGAGCCAGCAGGAGGCGCUGGAGUACUUCACCAAGCAGAUGAACGAUGCUCACCAUGGAGGCUGGAGCACCAAGAUGGACUGGAUCUUCCACACCAUCAGACACAUGCCCAACGAGCACUGAUGUCCUCACAGACCCACGGAGGACAACUCUGGACUGUCACAGUAAUCAGAUUACUGCAGUCACCCUCACAGUAAUCACAUUACUGCUACCAGCAUGCUGGAAUAUUCCUCCUCUGCAUCUAGAAAUGUCUUCAACACCUUCUGACCUCAUGCAGCCCCAAAUCAUCAUACCACCACCUCCAUGCUUCACUGUCAGCACUAUGCAUCCACUGUGGUAGUCCUGGUCAACAGAGACAAAAUAAGAAACACAGACACAAAAUGACCACAAAAAAACGAAACGACCACAAACAGACACAAAACAACCACAAAUAGACACAAAACAACCACAGAGACACAAAAUGACCCCUAAAAGACAAAAAAGAACCUCUAAAAGAUAUUAAACAACCACAAAGAGACACAAAAGAACCUCUAAAAGACACAAAACAACCACAAAGAGACACAAAUUGACCACAAAGAGACACAAAACAACCACAAAGAGACCCAAAACGACCACAAGACAGAAACUGACCACAGGCAGACACAAAUUUUGACAAAGAAACAUAAAACAAGCAUAAGGAAACAAAAAUGACACCAAAGAUGUUCAGAAUUACUACAAAAUAAUACAAAACAACCACAAAAAGAAACAAAACGACCACAAACAGACACCAAAAGUCCACAAGGAGACACAAAACGUCUACAAAGAGACACAAACUGCCCCCACUGUGGUCCUGGUCAGGUUCUCACCAACCUGCUGGGAUCCAUCUUUCUACUCUGCUGUUCUGCUUGAAGUAAUCUGAUUACUGUGGGGGGAUACAGUCCGCUGGUAUUGUGUGUGUGUGUGUGUGUGUGUGUGUAUAAAACACACAUUUCCCCCUGUACAUAGCACACGUAUUUAUCAUGGAACAGACACACGCCUGUAGCACACGUGUGUCCGUCUACUGCACUACUCUGAGGACGAUGAAGACGAUGAUGUCGUCUGAUGUCACGGGUUUCAGCCUCACGUUGUCGUGUCGGUGGGAUGGUCGUCAUAGCAACGUGAAUCUCAGGGUCUGCUGGGACAGAGGGUGGUGGGGAACGUCUUCCAGUUAGCAUGUUAGCUCUGCCAAACUUUAUAAACUUUAUACGCUGAGCUUUAUUGAAACCAGCAAUGUGAACACUGAGAGCAAUAAAACCUCCAAUCAUUGAUCAAUACUUUAUGACAAUCAGGAGCUCUGACCAAUAGGAGGGCAGGGCUGUGAGCGGAGUCUUCAACGACCAACCAGCUUUCUACUAUGAACAAAUAAUUCUCAACAUUUAUCUAUUCAUGACCUGCUAAUAGAGACUUUUCCAGCAGGUUUUUAAACAUUUAACUGAUUAAACUAAAGGUUCUUCCUGUGAAAUGAUUCUUUAAAUGUUUGCACUUUUCAUUCAUCCCACACUGUUUCUGAACAUUUGGGGUUUCAGAUGCUGACAGACGCCAUCCACAGCUGCUGUCCGAUCAUCUCCAGGCUAGUUUACAGUAUUCUGGAGUGUUUCUGAGUAUUUUUGGAGUAUUUCUGAGUAUUUUUGGAGUAUUUCUGAGUAUUUCUGAGUGUUUCGGGGAGAGCUGAUUUCCUCUGAACCAACAUAUCAUCAGAUGUAUCAGGGAUCAAAGACAAUCUGAACCAAUCAGCUGCUCGCUAGCUGCUAGCUCAGUCACUGGGUCUAAUGCUAAGCUAGUUAGCACUGUUAGCCUGUUAGCUCAGUCACUAGGUCUAAUGCUAAGCUAAUUAGCAGUGUUAGUCUGUUAGCUGAGCCACUGUGUAAUGCACUAUGCUAAGCUAGUUAGCAUCAUUAGCCUGUUAGCUCAGUCGCCGUGUCUAAAACACUAUGCUAAGCUAGUAAGCACCAUUAGCCUGUUAGCUCAGUCACUGUGUCUAAUGUACUAUGCUAAGCUUGUUAGCACCGUUAACCUGUUAGCUCAGUCACUGUGUCUAAUGCACUAUGCUAAGUUAGUUAGCACUAUUAGCCUGUUAGCUGAGCUCCUCUCCAUAGUUAGUUUAUACUGAGCUCAGCUGCUGCACUGGAACAAGGAAUUGUGGGUAGCGUUAGUUAGCAAAGCGUAGCAUCAGUGGAAGCCCCGCCCCUCCUGUCUCAUUGGCUGCCAGUCCUCAGGGGGCGGGGCUAGACGCCCAGUUUUAAUGUGAAGGUGUGUUUGUUUCUGCUCAGGUAGAGUCAGACUAAGCCCUGCCCACACCUGUCAGUUACCAUGACAACCGGUGGGGCGGCACGGACCCGCCCCCUGCUGCAUGCUGAUCAUUUAUUGGUUCAUGACAUCAUGACUGUGCUGGUUGCCAUAGUGACUGUGUAUCGCUGUGAUCGAUGUUAUUGUUUGUUGAACUGAUGUAUUGAUGAUCAACUGGUGUAUUUACAGCCUGAUCACUAUUGAUUUCUGAUGACUAUAGAUGAUCGAUCGGUGUAUUUACAGCCUGAUCAUUUUCUUCAUGUUAACUAUUGACUUUUGAUAACUAUUGAUGAUUGUUCGAACCAAUCCUCCCGCUGCGGGGGCGGAGUCACACUGCAGGUGUAGCAGCACCUGUUGAUCUGCGAGUGUUGUCAUGGAAAUAAAGGCUGGACAGAU